UAUUGUCUCCUACAGUUGUCCAUGAAAAUCACGCAAUCAAUAGUGCCCUGUCUCCCUCUCUCUCACAAGAUUUUCAGUUUUUUUCUUUAAAAUCAUCGAGGCAAUUGAUGUGUUUUGCGAGGGAACAGGUAAUUCCCUUCUAUAAGACUGUUAUUUGGGCUUUCUCACCCAACAUGAACCCAGUUUGCUUCCUGUAACUGGUGUCUCGUGUGUUUUUUUUACCUCCAUUUCUCUUGUUUAUUGGAUUAAUUUGAGUGUAUUGUUUCUGGGUUUUCUUAUUACUCCAUUUUCGAGCUCCAAGAUCUGAUAAUAUUUUGGCUAUUCUUGUUGGAUUCGUUAUUCGGUUUAAUGCAUUGGAUUAAGCUGUGUAAGGAGAUUUUUAGGGGAAGAUUUGAUCUGGGUUUUUGAAAUUUGAAGAAAUUAGUUUUGUGGGUUGAAUUUCUUUGGGGUAAUUUGGAGAUGAAGAUUGAAGUGGACAAGGACAUGGUUGCUGCGGUUUUGGGAACACGAGCUUAUGAUUACUUGAUUUCGAAUCCAGUCUCUAACGAGAACCUCUUAAUGACAUUAAGAAGCGAUGAGAAUUUGCAGAACAAGCUCUCGGAUCUCGUCGAGCGCCCCAACUCGUCCAAUUUCAGCUGGAACUACGCGAUUUUCUGGCAGAUUUCGCGGUCCAAGUCUGGGGAUUUGGUCCUGGGAUGGGGAGAUGGGUCUUGCAGGGAGCCCAAGGAAGGAGAACAAUCACCGGACAUGAGAACUCUGUGUCUCAGGGUUGAUAGUGAAAAUCAGCAGAAGAUGAGGAAGAGGGUUCUUCAUGAGCUUCAUACAUUAUUUGGGGGUUCUGAUGAAGAGAAUUAUGCUCUGGGACUGGACAGGGUCACCGAUACUGAGAUGUUGUUUUUGGCAUCCAUGUAUUUCUGCUUCCCUCGUGGACAAGGCGGUCCGGGGAAGUGUUUUGCUUCAGGGAAGCAUUUCUGGAUCUAUGAUGCAUUGAGAUCAGGUACUGAGUAUUGCCUGAGGUCAUUUCUUGGCAAGUGCGCUGGUAUCCAGACCAUUGUAUUCGUGCCAACGGAUAUUGGUGUGGUUGAAUUGGGGUCGGUAAGAUCUGUACCGGAAAACUCACAGCUGGUGCAGUCAAUAAGGUCAUCUUUCUCAUCCAAUCCAUCACCACUAAUUAGUGUUGAUAGGCCAGUAGUUGCUGCUGUGCCAGGGAUGAAUGAAAAGAAGGAUGUGAAUUCCCAAUUUUCCCAUUUGGGGAUGGCGGAGAGAAGGGACGGGGUUUCGAAGAUUUUCGGGAAGGAGUUGAACAAUUUAGCUCAUUUUAAUGCUGGCCAUGUUCAUCCCCAGUUUAGGGAGAAACUUGCAGUGAGAAAGAUGGAGGAACGGCCUUCGUGGGACGCUUACCAAAAUGGGAAUAGGCUUGGAGUUUUGGCGACUCGAAAUGGUCAUCAUGGCUCGAAUUGGGCGCAGAGUUGCAGUGUCAAACAAGGGACUGCGGCAGAUAUCUAUAAAACUCAAAGUUCUGUAAAUAAUCUACGAGACCUUGUUAAUGGGGUUAGGGAAGAUUUUCGGCUUAAUAACUUCCAGUCACAGAAGCAGGGUCCAUUGAAUAUUGAUUUUUCAGGGGCUACUUCGAGGCCUUCUGUCAUUUCUAUGCAGGUUAGUGCAGAAUCUGAGCAUUCUGAUGUUGAGGCUUCGUGCAAGAACGAGAUGCCAGGCGCAGCUGAUGAUAGGAGACCCCGAAAACGUGGUAGGAAGCCUGGAAAUGGAAGAGAUGAACCACUUAACCACGUCGAGGCUGAAAGGCAGCGGAGAGAGAAGCUUAACCAACGGUUUUAUGCAUUGCGAGCUGUGGUGCCGAAUAUAUCGAAGAUGGACAAAGCUUCCUUGUUGGGAGAUGCCAUUGCUUACAUCAAUGAGCUUCAGGCAAAGCUCAAGGCCAUGGAAGCAGAGAGGGAGAAACCAAAUACUUGUUCUUUCGACGGAAAUCCUAAUGCAGAAAAUCAUUUGCGGCCUGCUGAUGUUGAUAUUCAAGCUUCCCAUGAUGAGGUUACUGUAAGGGUGACCUGCCCUUUGGAUUCACAUCCUGCGUCCAGAGUCAUCCAAGCAUUGAAAGGCGUUCCGAUCAGCGUGGUUGAGUCGAAAAUCGCCACAGCUAACGAUACUGUAUUCCAUACAUUUGUAGUCAAGUCUCAAGGAUCCGAGCACCUCACGAAGGAGAUGUUGAUCGCAGCAAUUUCCCGCGAUUCCAAAUCCAUUCAGCCGCUAUAAACAUCAAUUGGGUAGCACAAUGAUCGCAAUUCACCCAACUCCAUAGAGGAUAAUUUCCUUCGAAGAACCUAUUUGGACUCUUCUUCAGAGGUUUUGAAUCCCAUAAGCCAAGCAUCCAUUGUUGAAGAGUCUCAAACUCAGUUUCUUUAGCUUUUAUAGGCACAUGAAAAAGAGCAGAGAAUGGAUUCUGUUAUCAAAUUGUAGGCCAUUCAUUUUAUGUUCUGCUUCUUUUAAAGUAGAUUUUGAGGUCUCUCUCAACCUUGCCAGAAAGAAUUUUGUGGGUGGAAAAAUGAAGUUCAAAGAGGGAAACAAGAAUUUCUCGAUCACCCAGAAACAAAAUUAUAAAAGAAAGUAAUGUUAGUGCGA